AUGAAGGAGGGGACAACCUGGUGUGACCCUCUGGAUCUGUUUCAGAGCCCGCAGAAGGAUUUCCCCUCCUGGCUCUCGCAGUUGACCCCUCCGGAGCAGCCAGCCAGCCUACACAGGGAGCUUCCCGACCCGGAGAAGGUGUCGACGGAGGUGCAGCAGAUGUGGGUGCUGACGGAGGUUAUCCGGGCUCGCCAGGCAGCUGCCCGCAUCGGGCGCUUCGAUGUGGAUGGCUGCUACGAUAUCAACCUGCUUUCCUACACGUGAGUCCCGAUGGUGCUGCCACGCAGAGCCGGCUCUUCCGCUCUCCCCGGGCCCAGGCGGACUCCUGCGCUCCCGCAUCGACCUUUGUCCCUGCGGCCCCGGGGGGCUUCCAGGCCCUCCCUGUGCCCCUUCCCCGACUCCUACAGUGCUGGCUGGGGGUGGGGGGCAGCGCUGCCACGCCGGAGCCCGCCCCCGAGUCUCUCCCAGGCCAGUGCCAGUGCCCUCCAGCUGCAGUUGUUCUGCUCUUGGCACAUCCUGCGCUGCUGCCACGGGCAGAGCCCGGCUUCCCCCCGCCAACCUUCGCCCUGGGGAGCGGCCCCUGGCCCUGCCGGCAAGACAAGGGGGUGCUCGGGGGGGCGAGGAGAGCCUCGGUCAUGACUAAAAGCUGCUA